AUGUCAAUAAUGCGUUCAUCUAAAUUGUUGUUGUUGUUGUUGUUGGUACUCUACGUUUCAUGCAAUAAUAAUAAUUAUUUGGUAAGUGGUUCAACUGUUGGUGAUGGUGAGUGCUUCCACCCGAAACAACAGAAAAUCGUAGACACCCACUACAAUUGUUCGAUAGAGAUUGUCAAUCGAAAUGAUUUCGAAAUAUCGUAUGGUAGUAUUACCAGUUCAAAGUGUUGUCAUUUCACAGACUUGAGUAAUUUCACAUUUAAAUUCAUCGAGCAACCGAAAUUCAAUUUCAUUCCCGAAGUACUGUCAGUGCGUAUCAGUGGAAAGAGCUACAACGCCGAGGCUCAACUAAACGGACAUCACUACAGAGCCAUGUUGGAAUCAUUCAAAAUCGUCAAGGAAAGAGAUUCCUACUCAGUCAUCUGUGAGGCACCUGCACUCUAUGAAAUCAGAGAUCUCAGUGCAGACAAAGAAGAAUCAGUCCAAUCCGCCAAUUAA